CACACUGUUAGUAGCACACUUUUAUUUGUGGCGCAAGCGUCAUAUUUUGUUAAUAAAUUCCAGCGGAUAAGCAACAAUAAAGCAAUUAAAUAAGUUACAAAUAUGCCAGCUGUGGUGCGCAUUAAGCGCCGCAUUGAUGAAGAGCCGCACACGGCAUUUGUAUUGAAUGGCAAACGCCGACGCUUGCUAAACGAUGAAAAUGCGCCCGCGGCAGCGACGCCAAGCGUUGAAAACAAAGAGGAGCUGAACCAGGUGCUGCUAAAAUUUGCCGGCACGCUAGAAAAACAGGAUGACAGCGCCACGAAGCAGUUUGCGGCAGCGCGUCUAAACAAGGCAACGGCCAAGGAGCUGGUGCGUCAAACAAUAGAUCCGGCUAUUGCGAGCGCCCAGCGGCGAGAUAAACGCCGCGAGGAGGCACAACAAAUAUCGCGCGAGCAACGAUAUCGAGUUGUCAACUGUUUGCGCACCACGCUCCACGAUGAGGUGGAACAGGAUGAGGAGGCAGCAAGCGGCAGCAGAGGCCAAGAGCAAAACACGGCUGAGCGCAGGCAAAUAACGAUUGUCGACAUUGAGUCGCAGCAUACACAGCGUGAAGAGGAGGAGCAGGAGCUGUCGCCGGAGACGGCACAAAGGCAGCAACGGCCCGCCGAUUCGGACAUUGGCUAUGUCUACGAUUUGUAUGUGCCGGAGAAUGAGCUGCAGGCGCAAUAUGUUGAUAUGUUGGAUGACAACUAUUUAAGUCUUCGGCCCGUGGAUGAGCUCUUCUUUGAGGACUGCUACAAUGAUGAUGAGGACUAUGACUCGGAGGACUCAAAUCAGGAGAACUAUUAUACAAACGAAUAUCCUGAUGAUGACGAUGCUGGCGCCGUGGGCUCCGACGAGGAGCUCUGCCAGCAGAUGAAUAAAUUCAUGUUUGAUGAUGAUGAGGAUGAGUUUGCCAGCGGCGGCUCCAGCGAUGCGGAAGAUUACAAUACAUAUCAGGAUCCGUAUGUGCACACCAUAGACACAGAGGCAGAUGGUUUUGCGGAUGAUGUUGAUUUCUAUAAUGUGGAUCGUCAGGGCAGCGCCUACGAACGUUACAAACGUCGCAUACUGCGCGAAGCGGAGGGCCUCGACUCCAGCUCCGAAGAUUCCGACAAGGAUGAGCCGUAUUUUGAGAGCGCCAGCGAACAUGGCCAAAAUAGCGACUAAAGGGCGCUUUAAAAAAAUUACCUUAUAUAUUUAUAUUUCCACGUAUUAUGUUCUUUGUGUUCCUAUUAAAGGCACACCAAAUUCUAUAAUGUUUAUAAUCUCAGUUCUUAAAA